CUUAAGAAAAGUAAAAAUGGAUACAGAAAUAUUGGAAGCAGUCAAUAACUUCCUGAAAGUGGAACCGAUCGAGGAGGCAUUCCUUAGUGUUAUUGUCUAUAAACCAAAUGGUGAAGAGGAUAAGGCGGCAUCAUUCACAGAAAGUAUAUUAACCAAAUUUAAAGAUGUGCCUCAGGAUAACAAAGAAGGUUUGGUACGUCAGUACUUGCAGCGUGCUGCAACGGCGACAAAUGUAUCGCAUCUCCGCGUUUUAAUGAACACAUUAGGCAAACUGGCGGAGGCACAUGUUAUAACAGCAAGAAUGCUUUGUGACAAGAUUAUGCUGUGCGAUCGUUUGGUGUACGAAAAUGCAAAUUUUUGGAUAGAGAGUUUCAAACUUAUAAAGCGUGUGCUACCACUUGUGGAUUAUAAAGGCGUACGCGAAAUAAUGAAGAAUUGCCGCGACAAAGCGACAACCUUCCCGGUGAAUAUAAACGUAUGCUUCAUGCCACAAUUGCAAGCUUUGAAAGAUACUUUGAACUUCAUAUUUGAUCGUAAUAACUGCCUACUGCCGGGAUAUUUCAUAGCCAAUGAAAUUAUGAAGCCACCACCAUAUCACUGGACAAUCAACAAAAUGAUGACUGAUUUCAUGGAAGAAUUUCGCAGGACUGCUCAAAUGGUUUCCAUUAUUGGUCAUACGCAUAUGUUGCCUAUAGUAGAGUGCUUCGGUUAUGCCGAUCAUAUGAUGAAUAGCUGGAAAUUAGAUCCGAAUACAUUGCGAUUUACUUUCAAAGGCAGCUUACCAUAUGAUGCCGAUUUACUUGAAGAGCAAACAAAACUUUUGCGUUAUGUACUCGAUCAACCAUAUUCCAAGGAGAUGGUAUCUGUUAUGAUGUGUUUACAGAAGCAGCAAAAGCAACGCUGUCAUGCUCUAGAAGAGCAAUUAGUUAAUUUAAUUAUAUCGGCAAUGGAAAUGACGGAGAGUAAUGAUUCUAUGAUGGGUAGUAGUUUUAAUGUUUACGAAGAGCAAAAUUCUAUGAAUGAAUGGGUAUGGUUGCAUCUAUCGUCUCAGCUUAUUUAUUUUGUACUAUUUCAAUAUAUAAGCUUUUCGCGCAUUGUCACGGCGCUGUAUGAGAAGCUAUCGAAAAAAGAGCUACGCAAAGGACGCGACCAACUAAUGUGGAUUUUACUUCAAUUUAUUUCCGGCAGCAUACAAAAAAAUCCUAUUGCCAAUUUUCUGCCGACAUUCAAACUUUUUGACCUGCUUUAUCCCGAAAAGGAGCCUUUAAAAUUACCAGACUGCACAAAAUCCUCUUUAUUACGACAGAUGGCGCCAAUUUGUAUUUGGAUACACCUGAUGAAGAAAGCUAGACUGGAGAAUAUGAAUAUUAAUAGACCCUUACCGAUUGCGCUCAAGAAUCAUCAUGAUUUUCUACAGCACCUAGUCAUGCCCAAUACAAUGAUGUCCAUGAGUUUGGGCAAUGAUUUUCGUAUCAUACUCAUAUGCAAUGCUUAUUCAACAAACCAAGAGUACUUCUCACGUCCCAUGAACAUACUUACGGAGGCAUUAAAUGGCAAUGCGAAGACUGCCGCUGGUGGCCAAGUGCCGUUAGUGCCAUUCUCGAUGGUUGUUUUGGAUAGUUUAACAGUGCAUAGUAAAAUGUCACUAAUACACAGCUUUUUCACACAAAUGAUUAAGCAGGCACAAGCAAAAAGUUCCAUACCUGCGCCGGCAUUAGUUGAGACCUAUGCGCGCCUUUUAGUAUACACAGAAAUCGAAUCGUUGGGCAUUAAAGGCUUCUUACUACAAUUAUUGCCCGCUGUCUUCAAGCAUCAAGCUUGGGGUAUACUACACACGCUGCUGGAAAUGUUUCUCUAUCGCUUGCAUCACAUACCAACGCAGUAUCGGUUGCAAUUAUUGUCGCAUUGCACUGUCGUGUCGCCGCAAACAAAUAAAAUGCAAUUGAAUUUAUGCUUCGAAUCAACCGCACUACGACUCAUCACAGGCUUGGGUUCCGUUGAAAUGCAGCCGCAAAUGUUACGUUAUUUCGGUGAGAAGCCAACUGGUUCGGUAGCAUCAAGUGAAAGUGAGGAACUAAAUCGUGUGCUCAUACUAACGUUAGCCCGUUCGAUGCACAUGACAGGAUUAGGCGACGAAUUGCAACCUUGGUGCAAGGAGCUACUAAGCAUUAUUAUGCAAAAUACACCACACUCGUGGGCCUCACACUCCUUAGCCUGUUUCCCGCCGGCAUUAAAUGAUUUUUUCGUACAAAAUAAUCACCCUGUAGAAAAUAAACAAUUAUUAAAAAAAUCAGUCGAGGAAGAAUAUCGCAAUUGGACAUCAAUGUCCAAUGACAAUGAUAUUAUGAAUCAUUUCAUACGCCCCAGCACCAAUCCACUAUUUCUCUGUUUGCUUUUCAAAAUGAUUUGGGAAACGGAAAAUGUCAGCCAAGUGGCAUAUAAAAUUUUAGAGGGCAUUAGCGCACGCGCUUUAUCAGCACAUUUACGUAAAUUAUGUGAUUACUUAGUUGGCGAAGUGGUCAAUAGUAAUGGCAAAGAUUUCAUACACAAAUGUGUUGAUACCAUAAAUAAUAUGAUUUGGAAAUACAACAUAGUUACAAUAGAUCGUGUUGUACUUUGUUUGGCUUUACGCACCCAGGAGGGUAAUGAGGCGCAAGUUUGUUUUCUAAUUAUACAAUUAUUGUUGUUGAAGACAUCGGAGUUGCGUAAUCGUAUACAGGAAUUUUGUAAGGAGAAUCAUCCGGAUCAUUGGAAACAAAACAAUUGGCAUGAAAAACACUUGCAAUUCCAUCAGAAAUAUCCGGAAAAAUUCGCACCCGAUGAGUCGGCAUCGCAUCCACCAUUACCGGUGUACUUUUCAAAUGUAUGUCUGCGAUUUUUGCCAGUUUUGGAUAUAGUUGUCCAUCGCUUCAUUGAAUUGCCCAUACAACAUGUGCAUCAAAUAUGUGAAGUUAUUUUGGAUCAUCUCAGUAUUUUGUACAAAUUUCAUGAUCGUCCCAUAACCUAUUUGUACAACACCUUGCAUUUCUAUGAACGGAUUUUACGUGAUCGACCAUCGUUAAAAAAGAAAUUGGUCAGCGCGAUUACUGGCGCAUUUUGCGACAUACGUCCGCCAAAUUGGUGUGUGAGUGAACCUUAUAAAAUGUUUUUACAAAAUCAGGAAUUACUUUGGAAUCCAGAACUCAAUUACUACAUCAAUUUGGUGCGACGUUUAUCGGAUACAAUAACAGGCAAAAAUUUAUUUUUCAACACCGACUGGCGUUUUAACGAAUUUCCCAAUGCGCCAGCUCAUGCACUUUACGUGACUUGCGUUGAACUACUCAGCUUGCCGAUGGCGCCAACAAUUGUUGCGAAUAAUAUUGUCGAUGUUAUCGUAAAGGGUUACUCGCUGAUACCACAAAAGGAAAUACAUAAUUAUAUAAAUGCUGUGGGCAUUAUUCUGGCAGCAUUACCGGAAACGCAUUGGUCUGUUAUUUAUGAUCGUUUACAGGAUGCACUUAACGCACCGAAAAUGAUCAAGUGGACAUAUCGGUUUUCAGCUUUUGAGCUAUUCAAUUUCAAAACUGUUUGCGAAUCAAUGCUGGAGAAGAGCUAUGUUUUGAUAUUGGCUGUGGCGCAUUCGAUCUUCCAUCAUAUGGGCGGUUUCAAGUUGGCCGCUAUGACUAAAUAUAUCGCUGAAAAAUUGAAGCCUUGUGUGCGUACGGAGCAGCAACUCAUCUACUUAUGUCAUGUUUUUGGUCCCUUCCUGCAACGUAUCGAUUUGGAGAAACCCAACACGGUGGCGGGCAUUGCAAUUAUGAUUUAUGAAAUGCUCGAUGUGGUGGACAAAGCGCAAGGUCCGCUGGAGUAUAUCGAUACGAUAUGUGAUUUUCUCUAUCACAUAAAAUACAUACACGUCGGCAAUGUUAUCAAAAAUGAGUCGGAGGUGAUAAUUAAACGACUUCGUCCCGCCCUACAGCUGCGUUUGCGUUUUAUUACUCGUUUGAAUAUCGAGGAUAUUAAUACGGAUAAAAAUCUAAAUUUGCCUUUGGUGCAACAGCAACAACCACAGCAACAGCCGCAGCAGCAACAACAGCAACAGCAUCCACCACCGCUACAGCAACAGCUUGCCUCAGCUGUUCAACAGCAAGCCCAGCAACAGCAGCAGCAGCAACAACAACAGCAACAGCAACAAGUACAUACACAACAAAAGCCAAAUUUAUCAACAGUUCAAGGUCAGCAACAGCAACAGGUGCCAAUGCAAACGAAUGUCAAUGUACAACAGCAGCAGCAACAACAACAGCAACAGCAGCAGCAGCAACAAAAUUUACAACAGCAGCAGCCACAACAACAGCAACAGCAACCACAAAACAUGCCAAUGGGCAGCGUCGGCAAUGCGCCUGGUAACCAUCCCCAAAUGGCCAAUUACAAUUUAAUGGCACAGCAACAACAACAACAACAACACCAGCAGCAACAACAGCAUAUGGCUGCUAAUAUGGGUCAACAUCAACCACAACAAAUGCAAUAUUUUAUGCAAAAUAUGCCGCCACGCUAUUAAACAAUAACAAAAACAAUAGAUAUAUAUAUAUGUAAUUCUCAUAUUUUAAAGAACUAUGACCAGAUUUCAAAAUGUGUAUGUUUGUAUUGUAACAUAUAUGUAUGUAUAAUUAAUAGAUAUUAAGGAUAUAAAAUAA